AUGAGGAUGGAGGGUCAGGAGAUGCCAGAGUGGACAUCGUAUUGUGCGGAGCCUGUGGAGGUAAGUGGCAAAACAAUAAACUUCAGUGAUACAGGAGAGCAUUUAUAUGAGGGAGACAUGAAGGGGGGAGAUUUCAUUACAGCAACAAAACAGAUUUGAGAGGGGCAAAGACAGGUAAUGAGUGUAAUGAUAGGAAAGUGGGUAAAAGGGUUACAUUUGGCCUUAUUGAGACUGUGGCCCUCCUCAACUUCUUUUACUUAUGUUCCCCAUGUUUGUCAAAAUGUACAUGGUUUUAUAUUCCCAUUGUACAGCACUGCACCAUAUGUUGGAUCUAUAUUUACAACAACAAUAAUAAAGAAACAUUACAUAAAGUUGCCUCGCAGCAAAAGGGUUAAGACCUCACCAGUUCUCUCUCCGUGUCUGCAUGGUGCCAGCGAUUAAUAGUCCUGAUACCCACUUCCUCUCUGUGGUAGUGAAAAAGUUAAACCGCUCUACAAAGCUCACUUUGUGACCUACAAAGAGUUAAUGUAAAUGUUUUGCAUAAUGGCAGACUGGGUACUUGCACUGAAGGUUUCUCUGACGCAAGGAAAUGGUUAAUUAGCUCAAACGGCUCACUUUCCGAUGCAGAGUUAAUUUUGUUUCAGGGGUUAAACGCUGUAAAAAUCUGUAACGUAUUCUGUGUGUCACUCUGAGUGAGGAGAAAGAGUUCGCUGUUCUUUAUAAUUCACAUUACGGCUCUGGAAAGAUUAGUUUCUAGCCUAGUCUAGGGGUUAAAAGCUCGGUAUCACAGAGAAAAUACAAGAUUUGCAGCCCUCGCUUGGAAAUCAAAAUGAUUACAUGCUUGAAAUGUUACAUGUAGAGUCUACAUUAUUUUUGUUGUGGAACACAAGGUGUUAACUGUUAUGUGGUUGUCACUUUCUGGUAGGUGACCCAGGGAUUGGGGGGGUUGAAGGUCAUUUUUUUUUCCAGGGGAGGACUAGCAGUUUCCAGAUCCCUCUUCUCUUAUAGAUGUAACGUAAGGCUAACUCUGUUGAUGAGAUUAUGAAUUAACUGGUCUUCUCCAAGGCAAGGAAUGUGUUAAACUGAGUGUUUCUCUGAGGCAGGGGAGGGGUUAAGUGAUCCCGGAUUUAGAACAGGUUACAGGUAUCUGUGUAUCUUUCUGUUUCGAGGGUGGGAGGGGGGACGAGCAUAAAGGAAAGAAAAAAGACAUAACACCUAUAUAAUAAAAUAUGUAGAACUUAACAAAAAACAUUACAUGGAGAAAUUAAAGUACUGUGAUUCCUAGUUUUCCAGCACUUAUUGAAUGCCUUCUUCUUUCAGGUCUACCCUACAGGAACCGCCAUGGGUUCUUUGGCACCCCUUAAUUCCUACAUGACCCUGAACACUGUCGGGCUGCCACCCCCUGGCUCAUAUCAAGACUCCUCUUCUUCUACUGGCAACCAAGGCUCAGGAUAUCAGGCCUACACAUGUCCCAGCCGCCCUCGGGAGGGCAUGAAAAGCUACGACAGAAGAACAGUGGGCCACUCCAAACCCCCCUACUCAUACAUCUCGCUUAUCACAAUGGCUAUCAAGCAAGCCCCUAGCAAGAUGUUAACACUUAACGAGAUCUACCAGUGGAUCAUGGACCUUUUCCCUUACUAUCGUCAAAAUCAACAGCGGUGGCAAAACUCAAUUCGUCACUCUCUUUCCUUCAAUGACUGUUUUGUCAGGGUAUCCCGAUCCCCCGAUCGACCCGGCAAGGGAUCGUUUUGGGCUAUGCAUCCAAAUUCAGGAGACAUGUUUGAGAACGGCUGCUACUUGAGGAGACAAAAACGGUUCAAACUGGCAGCGCAAGAAAAAACGGCCACACGGACAGCCAAGGAGACGGAGGGAAACAAAAAUCCAGAAAAGGAGAGACGCGAAGGAGAGAAGCAGGAACUGGGAGCAUGUCAAGCCUCUUUCAUGGAAGACCGGGAGGGUGGAAGGGGGAUGGGAGGUCAUUUUAUGGGGUUGGACGUUGAUGAACUGGUGAGAGACACACGGUAUGACUUUAGCCACCCAUUCUCCAUUAGCAGUCUAAUGGGGGUCGGUGAGCAGGACGCAAUGGCUUACAGGAUCCCUGAAACCUCAGGUGAGGGUUCAGCUUUCUACCAGGGUGUCUACAGCAGAUCCCUCCUGAAUGCAUCUUAGUUGGUAUACAAGCAUUGUUGAGAGCCCUUGCAUGUUACACAUGUUACAGAAAAGCACAGGACUUAAGUUUACUCACCAUUUAUUUGUUGCCCACAUUGUUUCAAUAAUGACUCAAAUUUCUAAAAGAAAAGAUAAAAAGAAAAUCAGAUAUUUUUAAAUAUAAUACCUCACAUUUACAAAAACAUCUCACAUUUCUUAACUUUAAAAAAAAAAAAAUUAUUUCUUCCCCCAAUUUUUUUUUCCUCCAUAGUUUUAUGUCACUACAAAAAAAAAAAAAAAUAGUCAAUUUCUGAACUUGUUUUGUUUUCCUUUUUAUACAAACCAUUCUGAAAUAUAGUUUGAGGGAAUUUUAUUCCCAACAUCAAUUUGCAUAUUUCUUUAAUACGAAUAAAAAAAAAACCAAAAAGACAAAGUAUGUGAUUUUUUUUUCUUUAACAAUGUCUAUCUUAAAAUGUAUAUGUUAUGUUCUUAAUGUGGAUAGUUACUACUUUUUUUUUUUUUUAACAGUAAUUUAUGGGGAGGUUCAAAAUGCAUUAAAAAAAAAAUUAUUAAUAAGGUUUCGUUUCAUUUGAAAUUCUAGAUAUUACAUAUUUUUAAUAUCUAUUUAACCAAGGAAUGGCAUGAUAAGUGACAAACAUAAUUUUGCAAUUACAAAGCAGCUCAAUGUGAUUUACUGCUAAGCAAUAAAAAUAAACAUAGGCCUUAAAGGGACACUAUAGUCACCCAGACCACUUCAGCUCAAUGAAGUGGUCUGGGUGCCAGGUCCCGCAGGUUUUAACCCUUCAGAUGUAAACAUAGCAGUUUCAGAGAAACUGCUAUGUUUACAUUGCAGGGUUAAUCCAGCCUCUAGUGGCUGUCAUCCUGACAGUCGCUAGAGGCGCUUCUGCGACGCAGAACGUCCAUAGGAAAGCUGUCGUCGGCAGGAGAGGAGAGGUCACUUGGCGCUGGAUUAAAGUAAGUAACUGAAGGGGUUUUAACCCCUUCAGCGCCAAGGGAGUGAGGCCCUGAGAGUGGGGGGGGGGCCUAAGGAUUAUAUAGUGUCAGGAAAACGAGUUUGUUUUCCUGACACUAUAGUGAUCCUUUAAAGUCUCCCAUGUAAAGAUGCUAAUUGCAUUGAAAAGAAAAUGCAAGUUUCUUCUAUACAUACUAUAUUUCUAUUAAUGUAUGUAUUUCUAUAUGGUGUCGAGAAGAAACAAACCAAAUAAAAGUCAGUGACUGAUGAGACAAGCACACAACACACACAGAUCUGUAGCUAUCUAUAAACUACAUUCACCGCCAAUCACAGAGUAUCCUCUGAUCUUAUAUAAUUUGGGUGGAUGAGCAAUCUCACGGAUGAGGUGCUUUCAUGGAUAAAUUAGAUGUAGUGAAAAAGGCAUAUUAUCAGUUUAUAAAAAUAGAUCGUCCAUGUUUACAAAUUAAUCAUUUACUUAUUGCUUUCCAGAAAAACUAAUUUCAAAAGGCAAAUCAUCUGCCUUUACAAUUAACCACACGAGUGCCAGAUAAGUCUCAAAAGGCUGAUCAUUCACCAUCAACGACUUUCCUACAAUAACAUGCUACGAUUAUUACUGUAUGUAAAUCAACCUGCAUCUAAGCUAAAAAAAAGAAAAAGUAGACAUAUAAUAAAAGAUAUACUGUAAGUACAAAGGUGAUGAGGCAUACAAUAUUCUGAGACAUUUAAAAUCGAAUUUGUAUAACGUGUUAACUAUUUACAUGAUUGAAAAUGUAAUUUAAAACAAUUUCAAUGUAUUUUACUUACAGACACUGAUUUCUAUACACAUGUAUUGUAGUUUACAGACACAUCGAUGAGAGUUUAUUACUGCAAAGCACCAAAUAUUGGGCACUAUACACACCAAAUAUUGGGCACUUCUAGAAAAAGUGGGCACUAGAAUAGAAAAAAAGAACAAAAGGAUUUAGGCCCUUAAUAGGUAAUGACCCACCUAAAUGCGGAAGCCUGGGAACUAUGUAGAUCUAUAUAUGCACAGAUUCUGCAAACAUGUGAGCACACUAACAUGGCGCCAACUAAAGUGAGAAUUUCUCAUUUUUGGCUAAAAUGAUAGUCAGACUGGAAGUAUAGCGGACUUGGGAGAAUUUUUCCAGUUCACCUAUCUUGGUCUUAAAUUUGAAAUUCACAUGAAAUUCAUUUUUGAUUUCCCAACAAUUCUCAAUUUAGUAAAUACCCUGUAAUAGAUGCAUGCACCUCUGUUUUUGUAUUUAUCUCUAAAUUGCAAAUCUGUGCGGGUGCAAAUUCAGGCGGCGUGCAUUACUAACGAAAGGCGUUUGCAGGGGGGCUUGUAGUCAGAUCAGGGGGUUUGGCUCUGAUGUCACUACGAUUCCCGUUAGCCUCUCACACUCUUACGCACUGACAGACCUUUACUGUCUGUCCAGCAUACACUGAGACAGACAGCGAGCCUUGCUCAAAGGACAUUUAUAGAAUCUGAGUCAGACUUCAAUUAUAAUCAGUGUUCUCUGGGUUAUUGAAAAAGAAAAAAAAAAAAGAUUUUUAAAAAAUAUGCACUUUUAAAAUAAUUUGCUAAUAUUAAUAUGAAACUGCUGAGACUAACACCAUAAAUACAUAUAUAAAAAUCUAUAAAAUAAAUCUACCAUAAGUAUCCUAAAGAUGGUCAAUAUAGUAAGGAGUUAUUAAGCAGACUAAGGGGCUCUGCGGAGACACAUGAGCCACGUGGCCUUGAUUUUGUGGUUUAAAUCUUGUGAGCCCAUUAAUAGCACUAUAGGCCCUUAAUACACAGUUAAAGGUCAUGUAUCCUUUAUACAGAGUGUUAUGCGCAUUAAAAUGUAAAAUAAAUAUAAACGCACACAUUAUCUAUACAUACACAUAGUACUAAUACAUAUACACACGCCAAUCCCAACACACAGGCUUCCCUUCUCUCCCCACUACACACUAGACGGAUGUCCUCACACCACAGAGACACCUUUCAUACACGGAUCUAGCCAGACAGAGAGCUUUCUAGCUGACCCACCCUGUGAGACACGGGAAGGAAAAGAGAGGGGGAGAGACACAGACAGAGAAGGUGGGGAGAGAAGAUACACAGAUUUAAGCACAUUUUUAAAAAAACUAAAAGCCACAUGUCUUGGUGUAAAAGAAACCAAAUUAACCCUCCGCUGACCAAUGUUACGUUCAUAGCACAUACCCAUAUAGCUUUAAACAUUUGAGUUGAUACAUAAAUGUAUGUCUUAAAAUGAUUUAUUUGGCAAGCACAGCAUCACUGAUUGACAAAAUGAUUUGGCUCAUAGGCCAUUAGGUCCUUUAAGAAAGGGUAUCUCUUAAUAUCAUGCUUUUACUAAAUUCCCAGAAAUGAUUUGGGGGCUCCAAUGAAGUUUAAAUUGAAAGUGAAUUAAAAAAAAAAAAAAGUUUAUUCAUAUGGUCAUAAACUGACAACAGUUUUUUUUAACUAGUACAUCAUUCACGACUAAAACGGUGCUGGCCGCAGGGCUACCCUUUUGUUUUUUACUUCGUGUGAUGCCAGUAGCCAGAUGACGUAACGAGGCCAGAUAUAUAAUUAUUACUUAAUUGCAGGUAAUGAUACAAAUGUAAUUAAGACUCAACCCCUAACCCUAAAAACAUGCUGGGAGGCCCAGGAAAUGGGUACCAGUAGCAACUGAAUAUCCAAUCGUCCAAAGGAACGUACUGGACAUAAAAUAAACAAACAGAUAAAACCAAUUGCUAAACUAUACAUAUGAGAAAAAAGCAUAGCAAUACUGUAUGAUACUUUAGGAAUAGGUACAUAAAAGAAGCAGUCAAAAAGGUAUGUGUAAUUAACAAAGUAACACUAAUUAGCUUUGUGUUUAUUUUCAUGAAUGUGCCUAUUAUUCGUGGUCAUACAUUCAUGUGGCUGCGAUGCAGACAAUCAUUACAAAAAUGAAAAGAAAAAAAAUAGAAAAGCUAUGAGAGAGCCAUUACUGGUUAUUUAGAACUUACAUGACAAAAAUGUUAUAACACCACGGAGAAAUCUAGUUUCAUGUGGCUUCUACAUAGAAUAUUUGUGCAACAUGUGAUGUGGAUGAUGAAUGUGAGUGUCUUGUGAGUAACAGAAUGGCGUAUGUCACAUGGUUGGCUCACAGCGCGAGAAUACUUUGUUUUUUUAAACACUGGCAUACAGGUUUACAGUAAUAACGUAUCACAGGGAACUAGACGUCAGAAGUUAAAGAUCUUUCACUGAUCUCACCGUUGUUUUGGGGGUGCUUGGAGCUGUUGCUAUUUGGUUUUGAUGAACCGAUGUAUUUUUAGCACUAUUAAAGGGAUAAUACAUGCACCACAACCACUUGAUUGAUUUGAAGUGGCCAUGGUGUCAUGUAUCUGUAUGUGCAGAGUUCCGCUGGCUAAUGUAAAUUCUGUGCAUGUUUCUAUACAUAGAGUUACAUUUGUUGGCUAAGAACGUUCAGCUAACCCUCUCAGCCAAUGGAUGACCCAGGGGAUCUGCAUACUGUUUUUGCAGCACUGUGAGAAGCGAGAUACAUGUCACCAGCCUUAGUACAACAUUCACGUCUAGCGUCCCAGGUAAGAGGGAAACUCUACCGGGAAACUGGGCCAGGGUACUCCUUACAUUAUAACCAGUACAGCAGGCUUGGGGUAAUCCUUUAAGUAUUUUUUUGUUCUCUACUCAUUUAUUUCUACAUUUUACUAUUCUUAAGUAGAACCCUUACCCCAAUCAUUGUAGAUAUAGUUAUUUUGUUUUGCAAUACGAGAUAUUAGUGCACACACUUGAAAGUGGGAGUACUUCUAUCAGAGUGCUCCAGAUAGGGAAGGUGAGUUCCCUACAAAAGUCCACUGGAAGUAAAUAAAAGUACCAAGGCACAUGUGAUGGUUUCUUCUAAAACAUAAUUUCCCAAUAGAUGUUCCGCAGAACCCUAGGGUUCCGCGAGAACAAAACUGGGGUUCAGACGUGAAUCUCCACAUCCAAAAUGGCCACCGCUCCCUGCUGUUCCCAGAAGGUCGGGAACAGCAGCAGAGAUCACGCUGCCGCGAUUUUAUUAAGUGAUCGAGAGAUUGCACAGCUAUGCAUAUCGGCCCUCAGCCCGCCCUCUGUCGCUGCCAUAUUCACGUCUCCAUUCCAACAGCCAUUUAACGUGAAUCAUGCCAACUAAACGAAGUGAACUUUAGUCUACGGCAAAAAGGGCCGCCGCCAUACAAGCUGCUUUGCAUCUGGUGUUUAGAACACUAAACAUUAACAAUUUGCUGUAGGCAGCGCUUUCCUUCGCAAGAGGCCUGUGAGCAAGAUUGACAGCCAGUGUUCUGACAUCACUGGAGGUACAUACGACGGAAGUGACUUUCAGUUGUGGUUGGCAGGAGAGAUGAACUUCCGUCGCCACAUGGUUGGUAAAGUACAGGUAUUAAAUAGACUCAGUGACAAGCAGACAGGAGAGGUAAAUAAUGUCUUAAAUAAAUGGUCACUAAGAACCGUUCAGCCAUUGAUAUGUUAUUUUUGUUAUGUAUAUGUUAGGAGUAAUUAUUUACCAUGCCCCACACAGACAGCCUCUGGCAUUUCCUAUUUUAUUUUUCAGGUGUGUACAUUAUUUUUCACAGGCAGCUGGUAA